AUGAAGCUCCUCACCACCGCCCUCUCGGUGCUCGCCGCCUGCUCGGCCCUCACCACCGCCACGCCCCUCGUCAAGCGCCUCCCCACGGGCCCCGACCCGGCCUACACGCUCCCGCAAUCGCAGCUCGCCUCGGUGCUCAGCUGCCAAACCGGCUCGCCCUCGUCCCAGACCAACCCGAUCCUGCUCGUCCCCGGCACGGGCACCACGGGCCCACAGUCGUUCGACUCGAACUGGAUCCCGCUGUCGGCCUCGCUGGGCUACUCGCCUUGCUGGAUCUCACCGCCGCCGUUCAUGCUCAACGACACGCAGGUGAAUGCUGAGUACAUUGUGAAUGCGGUCAAGACGCUGGCUGCUGGCGGAAGCGGCAAGGUGCCGGUGCUGACGUGGUCCCAGGGCGGGUUGGCGGUGCAGUGGGCGCUCACGUUCUUCCCCUCGAUCCGCACGCAGGUGGACCGGCUCGUGGCGUUUGCGCCGGACUACAAGGGCACCGUGGAGGCCGCGUUGCUCACUACGCCUGGACUCGCGAGCCAGUCCGUGUGGCAGCAGCUGGCGGGCUCGGCACUCACUACCGCCCUUGCCAACGCUGGAGGGCUGAACAAGAUCGUCCCCACCACCAACAUCUACUCGGCCACCGACGACAUCGUCCAGCCGAUGAUAACCAACAGUCCGGCCGACUCGGCCUACCUGUUUGACGCCAAGAACGUCCAGGCCCAAUCCGUGUGCGGCCCUCUGUUCAUCAUCGACCACGCCGGCUCGCUCACCUCGCAGUUUUCUUAUGUUGUCGGCAAGUCGGCUCUGGCCUCUAGCACGGGGCAGGCGCAGAGCAGCAACUAUGGGCUGCCGGACUGCAACCCGCUGCCCGCGGACCAGUUGACCGCGGAGCAGAAGCUUCAGGCCGAGGGUCUGCUGCUCGUCGCGGCAGGCAAUCUCCUGGCCGGUCCCAAGCAGAACUGCGAGCCGGAUCUGAUGCCGUACGCGAGGCGCUACGCCAUCGGCAAGAAGACCUGCUCCGGCGUCAUUCAAUAA